GAUUAUUUGGUCGUCAUUAGCGCCGACGCCGGCGCAGGAGCUGCUUUUAUUUCCUCCAUUGUUGGAUCUAGAUUGAGAGCUCGCCAUUUGUUUCGUCUACUCCCGCUCCUCCUCUUAGCCUCGCCGUCGACUCAUCCAUUUCGACGGACAGGACCUUCUUUCUUCUCCUCCAUUGUUGGAUCUUGAUUGAACCAAUGCGAUGAAGAAGAAGAUCCACACAAACAUAUAUUUUGACUAUGGAGGGUACUAUUCAGAAGAGCAUGAGUGGAAUUGCAACAAUUCAGUAUAUGCUAUAAUGUUUAAGACAACAUCUUUGGAGAGAAUAACAUAUCCGGUGUUGGUAGAUAAGAUCUGUAAGAAGAUUGCUAUAGACGGAGCGAGAAGGAAGAUGAAAUUGAGUUACAUGAUAUGUAAAGGAAGGAGAGAGUCUUAUAUUUUAGAUGAUGAGGAUGUUUGUAUAUUCUUAACAUCAUUGGAUAAAGAGGGAUUUAGACCAGUUUUGCAUGUGGAGUUAUGCAAUCUUGAAAGUAAUCAGAUGGUGGAGCUAGUACCAAGAGUAGAGAGAAGAAGUUCAUGCGGUUUGAAUUAUGGGGAAGUGGCUGCCAAUGAUGUAAGGACUGAUGAUGUAAGGACUGAUGAUGUAAGGACUGAUGAUGUAAAUAAUCAAGCAAACUUGAGUGCGUUUAGAUGGGGGGAAGGAUCAGAACAAGAGAAAGAGCCUGCUAUAGUUAAUGAACCGAUUAUUGAACAGCUCAUGAUAGAGAAUGGUGUAAAUGAAGAUUGUGAGAAUGAUGUUAGGCAUGAAUAUGUUGAGCUUUCGCGGACUGUACAACCAAGUGAGGAAACAGUUAAAGAAUGGAAAGAUGGUUUGGAAUUGGAAAAAGAUCAAGAAUUUCCUUCUAAGGAGGCAGUAUGGGAUUUGGUUAAUAGAGCUGCAAAGGCCGAGUUGUUUGGUGUGAGAUGUGUGAAGUCGGACCCGGUGCGACUUAUGAUUGAAUGCAGUCAAGCUUCCAUGGGUUGUGAAUGGUGUGAGGAGAGUACUACAUAUUUUAAACAAAAAGGCACACCACGAUUAGUAGCAAGUGUUUUGCAUGAGGACUUCCGUGGUCAAUUGGAAACACCGGAUCCUAAAACCAUCAUGACUCUUGUUAAAGGAAGACUUGGUUUGGAUUGUUCCUACUCCACCGCCUUGAGAGGGAAAAAACAACAUGUUAGUGAUAUGCGUGGGAACCCUGAAGUUUGCUACACGAUGUUACAUCAAAGCAUCAUCAAGGGAGUGAUGGAUGUGUUUCCAAACGCAUCACAUGGUCAUUGUAUAUGGCAUUUGUCCCAAAACCUUAGGCCAAAGUUGACUGGGGACAAGGACUUAGGUGUUGAGAAAUUCAAGGAAUGCGCUCAUAUAUAUACUAAGACCGAGUUCAGCAUUCAGUAUGGUGAUUUUAGGAGAAGGUAUCCUAGAGCUGCUGAAUAUCUGGAUAAUUCUAUUGGGGUUGAACAAUGGGCUAGGAGUCAUGCUGAGAGAGACAAGUACAACAUAGAUACUAGCAACUCCGCAGAGUCAAUGAAUGCUGUGUUUAAGGAAGUAAGGAAGUACCAUCUAUUACCGAUGAUUGAUGCGAUAUUGGAGAAGUUUUCCGAAUGGUUCAACAAACAUCGAAAAGAUUCUGCCAAUGCAUCGAACACAACGCAAGUGGUGCCUGUUGUGGAGAAUAUAUUACAUAUCCGAUGUCCUAUAGCUGCGAAGUUGACGGUCACUGAGCUUAACAGCUACCGACGCGAAUAUAGCGUAAUUGGAGUUGAUGGUUUAACAUAUUUGGUGGACUUGGAUAUGAAAUCUUGUACUUGUAGGUGUUUUGAUAUAGACAAGUACCCUUGCAUCCAUGGUAUAGCCGCAGCCAUUAAGCAUUGUCGGAAUGAAUGGAGAACAACGAAUGUAAGCAUAUAUGGUCUUUGUUCGAAAUAUUACUUGAUCGAGACGUGGGCAUUGGCAUAUUACAAAACGAUUUACGUUGUGCCGCAUGAGUCUCAAUGGACUUUCCCAGCUGACUACGAGGAGAAGAUCGCAAAACCGCCGGAUUACAAACCAAAGAAAGGUAGAAAUCAAGAGACCCGGUUUCCAUCCACCGGGGAAAAGCGACGAAAGAGGACCCAAAACAAGGCACGGCCUGGCAUUAACUUGGAGAGUUGGUUGCAGCCCCCUCCCAAUGAUGAGAAUGUGACAAUGCCGAUCAGUUAUACUCAAAGUUCAGAAUCGGAACCGAGUGAGGAUAUGAGUUGGGCAAGAGCUGACGGUAAUUGGGGUAUUCCGAGAUAUUGUUUAUGUGGAACCUACGUUAAGCUUGUUGUAUGUACCACUGGCAAUAAUCAAGGAAGAAAGGAAUACAAAUGUCCAAAUUAUGAGGAUGGUGGAGAACACCUUCAAAAGUGGUGGGAUGAUGCGGUUAAUGAGGAGUUUAGUGUUGUGCAUAACAAAUUUGAAACCCAGAAAGAAUCAAUCCACCACGCUUACCAAAAUCCAAUGUUGGAGUCACUUCGCGAGUCUGUUCGAAUUAUGCGUGCUCAACUCGAUGAUCUUGAGAAGCGUUUGGAGGAGAAAGAAACGGAGAUUAGCAAGCUGAGGGAUUUGCUAGCUAAGUGGUAGUUGUUGUAUGAUUAUGUAUUUCUCUAAAUAUUGGUAGACUACUUAACUAAAAUUGCCUAAACGUU